AUGAUGUUGACUCCAGCCCAGUUUGUCUCGGGAAUCGGCAACAACUGUCCUAGUAACCUUGGCUUCCUGGCCUAUAACUGGUAUACCCAGGUCCAAUGGUACCAGGCCGUCCGAGCAAAGCAGUUACAUGCCCUUGCCUUGUUACCAGUUCACUUCAACUUCAUCUACGCUAUCACAUAUUUUGGCGGCGUUUCAUCAGGCAACCUCGUCAUGGCUAUUCUACUCGCGCUAGGCUCAGCCGGUGUUAUGAUUCUAAACACAGUAUCUGCCUGGAUAAGCUGGAAGACAAACCUACCCGAAGGCUUUGGGGAAUACCAGUUUUUCUUUUUCGGAUGGCGAACUCUGAGUAAAGGCUGGCAUACGUUCAUCCUCCUAUGGCAGAUCGCCGAUUCGCUGAUGGCUUUCUCCUUCGUUUUUGGGGCUAUCCAGCUGGCUCUUACCGCAUACACGUAUCGGCAUUACGGCGAGGAUAGGAAGAUGCCGUGGUAUCUCAACAAAUACAUUCAGAUUCCGCUUGGAUCGGCUAUUAUGAUGUUGUUUUUCGGUUGGAUGCUUAUCUUGUGGGCGGAGCUUAUUGUGGCGAGAAACCACAUUGAGUCGGAAACCGAUAUGGUCGCGGUAUACCUCUUCAUCGCUCAGGCUGUUGCCCUGGUGCUACCCAGUGGUUCUACCGUCUUUGGAUGCUUGUUGGGUCGUAAAUCCGAUCGCUCUCAAGAGCCACCUCCGCAGCCAGGUAUGGCCAGACAUCCCCUUGAAUAUGUAUCCGCUUACCAACGAAAUGAAUUAGGUCCCAAAAAGCCUUUUACCGAUCGCGUUUUGAGUUGGAUGGUUCGACAUGUAGAAGAAAAAGAGGAGGUAUCCGCAUAG